CAAACUUUGGCGGAAAUUUUCCAACUUCACUAACCCCAGUUGAACCCGCUACUGGUUGUUGUGUUGAUUGAAUUCUAACAGCUGCUUUUGGAGAAGGUAGAAAGGAGAAAGUUGUCACCUUGACAUGGAAGAAGAAAGAAGCGUGGCAGACAAGAAAGUGACAAAGAACGAGGUUGUUCUACGAAUUUCAGACUCUGAAGGAGCCACGAAUGCAAUGACCGAAAUAAAAGAUUCUGAAAGUUUUUCAGUAGCUGAAAGCAGUUCCCUUUCUCCUCAUCACAACACCCAGAUGAGAAACCACGAUGAAGUUUCCACAGAGUUGAUGACAACUACAAAGAGGUUGAUCGGUCAGUCGGAAUUUUCGAAGCCAAAGUCCAGAAUGAUGGAUCCACCGUGUCCAAGAUAUGCAAAAACUGUUGAAGAAAAGGCUCGAAUGACAAGUUCAUUUACCAGGAUUUCUCGUAACAGGAACGUUCCCGAAGCAACUAUAGUGACCCCAAGAACCCCCUUGCUUGGGACUCCUCCCCCUGAAGAAGAUGAUGACGAUGAAGAGAUGUACAAGAUUGCAAAUAUUGAAGUGACCAAGAGAUCUGGUAGGAAGUGGAGAGUUGUUGAGUUGUUUGCUUUUGCUUUCAUCAUGGGGUUUUUUAUUGCAAGUUUAACUGUUGCUGAGCUGCAAAAAAGAGAGAUUUGGGGUUUGAAGCUGUGGAAAUGGUGUGUAUUUAUAUUGGUUAUCCUCUGUGGUAGAUUGGUCACUGAGUGGUUUAUCAAUGUUUUGGUUUUCUUGAUUGAGAGGAACUUUUUGUUUAAGAAGAAGGUUUUGUAUUUUGUGUAUGGUGUGAAGAAGAGUGUUCAGGGCUUUAUAUGGCUGAGUUUGGUUCUUGUGACAUGGGAUAUGCUUUUCAGCCCUGGAGUGAAGAUAACCAGUAAGGUUGGUAGGAUUCUUAAUUUCAUUGCUCUGACCCUUGCUUCUUGUCUUAUUGGAGCAGCUUUGUGGUUGGCCAAAACAUUGUUGAUAAAGCUUUUAGCUUCAAGUUUUCAAUCUACUAGAUUCUUUGACAGGGUGCAAGAAUCAAUCUUUCAUCAAUACAUUCUCAAGACUCUUUCAGGCCCUCCCUUGAUGGAGAUGGCUGAAAAGGUAGGUACAACUUCAAAUACUGACCAACUCAGUUAUAAGACCAUGGUUAACAAGAAGGAAGGGGAGAAAGGACAAGUAAUUGAUGUGGACAAGCUCAAGAAAAUGAAACAAGAAAAGGUUUCUCCUUUGACUAUGAAAGGGUUGAUUAAUGUGAUAAGGAGUUCUGGGUUAUCUACCAUCUCCUAUGCACAGGAUGAAGAUGAGAAUGAACAGAAAGAUAAUGAAAUUAAUAGCGAGUGGGAAGCAAAAGCAGCUGCUUAUAGAAUUUUUAGGAACGUAGCCAAGCCAGGACACAAGUAUAUUGAGAUAGAUGACCUCUUGCGAUUCAUGAAAAUUGAAGAAGUGGAAAACUUGCUUCCACUAUUUGAAGGUGCAGUUGAGACUAGAAGAAUUAAGAGGAAGUCUCUCAAGAACUGGCUGGUGAAAGUCUACCUUGGACGGAGAUCACUCAUACAUUCACUAAAUGAUACCAACACAGCUGUUGAUGACUUGAACAUACUUGCUUCUGCAGUUGUGGUUAUUGUGACCAUUGUUGUGUGGCUUCUUUUAACUGGUGUCUUAACAACUAAAGUUCUUGUCUUUAUAUCAUCUCAGCUUUUACUUGUGGGUUUCAUGUUUGGCAACACUGCUAAGACUGUGUUUGAAGCUAUUAUAUUUGUUUUUGUGGUGCACCCUUUUGAUGUUGGUGAUCGUUGCGUCGUUGAUGGUGUUCAGAUGGUCGUGGAAGAGAUGAACAUACUAACCACCGUCUUUCUGAGAUAUGACAAUGAAAAGAUUUUCUAUCCAAAUUCAGUUCUCUCAACCAAGCCAAUCAGUAACUUCAACAGGAGUCCAGAAAUGAGUGAUUCUGUUGAAUUUGCUGUUGAUGUUUCUACUUCUAUUGAAAGUAUUGGAGCUUUAAAGGCAAAGUUAAAAGUAUAUUUGGAGAGUAGGCCUCAGCACUGGCAUACCAAACACAACGUAUUGGUUAAGGAUAUUGAGAAUGUGAAUAAGAUGAAAAUGGCUGUGUAUGUUACUCACACCAUCAAUUUUCAGAACUAUGGGGAUAAGAGCUGCAGAAGAUCCGAAUUAGUGCUGGAGUUAAAGAAAAUUCUUGAAGAUCUUAAUAUUAAAUAUCAUCUGCUGCCACAAGAAGUUCAUGUCAGUUAUGGAAGGUCACAAGACUCAACAUCUCAAGCACUGUGAAUUUAUCUUAUCCUUUUCACAGGUGGAAGUGUUUAGCAGAGUUUUUGUGCUGUUAUUAUUUUGGUUCUAUAGACUAAUUGUUUCCACAUGGUCUUUUUUUCUAAUUAGAGAUAAAAAAAAUGGUGUGAUAUAUGAUGUAUGAUUUAGUUGGUUCUUGGA